GGAAGAUUGACGUGUGUGCAAUUCAUCGAGGUUACCUGUGCCCCAACGGGGAGUGUGUUCCCAGUGGACGAGACUUUUACUGCAAUUGCGAUCCAGGAUUCACACCAUCGUUCGAUCGCCGACGAUGUCUUAAUCACUGCGAACGAAUGGGGCCAAACAUCUGCCCCAACGGUCGAUGUGUCGUAAUGCCAUACGGUGACUACGAAUGUCAAUGCCACCCUGGCUAUGAAAGAUCGAUGGAUAGAAAGCACUGUGUGCCCGAAGAAGCCCAGCCUGUAAUAUAUGAAUUGCCUCCCAUUAUGCCCUAUAUAAAUGAUGAGGCUGUGUCUCCUUCCAAAUUUCCGUAUGUCCCAACCACACGCUACACAGGUGGAGAUCAACCAUACCAGUGGAACAGCUGGCGUUCCCACAGAGCUCCCAAUUACCAGCCCUUACCUCGCCGAUCAUGGUCCCGCCCAAACGGUGUAUCCAACGCCCCUUGUAAUCAACCUCACAUAGUUCAACGAUGUUCCGGUGGAAUGUGUUUGAAUCUUGGUGGGCGGUCAUAUAUGUGCGAAUGUCUUCCAGGUUCCAUGCUCUCAAGCGAAAACCAAAAGGACAGUGCCCAGCAGAGACAACGUCCCAUCGCUCGCAAAUAUAGAAAAAUUCCAACCGCUGUGACCAUUAUAUUCAGCAAUUUGAGCCAACAAUGGAGCCGUGCUGAGAAAUACGAUUACUUUCUUUCCGUUAUACAAUCAGACAUGUGGACAAAGUAA